ACGUCAUUUUUGGCUUUUCUGUGGUGGUGUGCCGGGCUGCUACGUGCUCGGCUUAGAGAACUAGAAGGGUCCGUCUCUUUUUUGCCCACUGGAGCCUGGCGCUUGGGGCACUGCCUCCCAGUUGGUGGUGGUGGUGACGGAGCUGUAGGAGGGAGGCUAGCGGCGGGAGCUUCUCCUGCUGGGCUGGAAGGCAAGCAGAAGGAAGAGGCACCACCGCAUGCUGGAGGCUGGAGACACGGCGGCUUGCCUCGCUGCGGUUGGUGGUGACAUCGGAGACCGCAGCUACGGUAAGAAACGUUUUCACUAUGACUGCAAAAGAGGGAAGAAAGAAGUCGAUCCGUGUCCUGGUGGCUGUGGGGAAUGGAAAAGGAGCUGCAGGUUUUUCUAUUGGGAAAGCUACUGAUCGGAUGGAUGCUUUCAGGAAAGCAAAGAACAGAGCAGUUCACCAUUUGCAUUAUAUAGAACGAUAUGAAGACCAUACAAUAUUCCAUGAUAUUUCAUUAAGAUUUAAAAGGACGCAUAUCAAGAUGAAGAAACAACCCAAAGGUUUCGGCCUCCGCUGCCACAGGGCCAUCAUCACCAUCUGCCGGCUCAUUGGCAUCAAAGACAUGUAUGCCAAGGUCUCUGGGUCCAUUAAUAUGCUCAGCCUCACCCAGGGCCUCUUCCGUGGGCUCUCCAGACAGGAAACCCAUCAACAGCUGGCUGAUAAGAAGGGCCUCCAUGUUGUGGAAAUCCGGGAGGAAUGUGGCCCUCUGCCCAUUGUGGUUGCGUCCCCCCGGGGGGCCUUGAGGAAGGAUCCAGAGCCAGAAGAUGAGGUUCCAGACAUCAAACUGGACUGGGAAGACGUGAAGACUGCACAGGGAAUGAAGCGCUCUGUGUGGUCUAAUUUAAAGAGAGCCGCCACGUAACCUCUCUGGCCUUGUGCAGCCAGUUCCUGUGCUGCCCUGCACCUAGGAGAGACUCAGCCCCUCACAGCUUGGGGUGUUGCCUUGCCUUUUGUUUGUUUUGAGGGAAGUUUAAUCUUUAAACUCUUUGGAAAUAAAUAAUUAUAGCUUUCGUUUAUUAAGCACAUGUUAUAUGCCAAUGUGAUAGAACCUUUACAUACAUAUCUCAGUUCAAGACUACUUUAAAUAUUCAUCCAAAGUAACAAAAGUAAAUGAAUUAGGGAGACGGGGUUAAUAAUUUGACCCAAUCAGUAAUAAUGUACACAAUGAUAAUUGCUGUAGUAAUUAUAGCUAAUAUAUAUGAACUCAUUCAUCCAAAGUGAAUGUAAUUAACUUCCUUUUACAGAGCAGUUAAGUAACUUGACUACCGUGAGGAACUUCCAAACCGUUGUCCACAGUGGAAAUGGAAGUUGUAGGCUACUAUUGGGAAUGUUAAAUGGUAUAUUAAUUGUAUACCAUUGCAAUUUUGACUUGUAUUUCCCUGAUGGCUGAUGAUGUUGAACAUCUUUUCAUGUGCUGAUUGGCCAUUUGUAUAUGUUUUUUGGAGAAUUGUCUAUUCAGAGCCUUUGCCCAUUUAAAAAGUUAUUUUUUAUUAUUAUUGAGUUCCUUAUAGUUUCUAGAUAUAAGCCCCCCUAUCAGAUACAUGUUUUACAGAAGUUUUUACCCACUCUGUGGAAUAUAUAUAUUUUCAUUUCUUUGCAUACUCUUUCUGCCCCACCCACAUCCUCUUUCUGGGACACUGAUGACCAAAAUGUUAAAUCUUUUACUAUUGUCCCAUGAGUCCCUGAGGCGCUGUUUAUUUUUUUUUCCAGUCUGUUUUCUCUGUGUUGCUCAGUUUAGGUAAUUUCUAUUGUUUUAUCUUCAGAAUAACUGGUUGUUUACUCUUUCCAUUCUGCUCUUGAACCAUCCAUGCAGUACUUUAACUUUGACUGUCAUUGUAUAUUUCAGUUAAAAUUUCCAUUUGGUUUAUUUUUUAUAUCUUCUCUUUAUUUGCUGAGGCUAUUUGCUGAGACUAUUUGCUGAGACUGUUUUUUUUUUUUCUUUAAAUGGCUUCAAGAGUGUUUAUAAUUGCUCACUGAAGCAUUUUUAUGGUGGCUGCUUUAAAAUCCUUGUCAUCAGGUGGGUGUGGUGGCUCAUGCCUGUAACCCCAGCACUUUGUGAAGGUGAGGCAGGAGGAUUGCUUCAGCCCAGGAGUUUGAGAUCAGCCUAGGCAACAAAGUGAGACCUCAUCUCUACAAAAAGUAAAAGUAAAUUUAAAAGUUAGACACACAUGGUGUACGCCUGUAGUCCCAGCUACAUAGGAGGCUGAAGUGGGAGGAUCAUUUGAUUGCAGGAGGUUGAGGCUGCAGUGAGCCUUGUUCAUGCCACUCCAGCCUGGGUGGCAGAGUGAGACCUUGUCUCCAAAAAAAAAAAAAUUAUUGUCAUAAAGUUUCAACAUCUGUGUCAUCUUAGUGUUGACAUCCCUUGAGGUUUUUUCUCAUUCAAGUUUACAGUGUCCUAGUUCUUGUUAUGAUGAGUGACUUUGGCUGUAUCCUGGUCAUCUUCACUGUUAAGAAGCUCUGGGAGUUAUUUAAAUCUCUCAGCAUGCUUCCUCUGACAGUGCUGGUAUGGGAUGGGGCACUGCCUCGUUACUGCCUGGUGAGGAUGGAGAUCCAGGUUUCCUCCUGUCGCUGUCCUCCGGACCUCUGCUGAGGCCUUUCUGCUGGAAGUAGGAGGAGCACCCUAAUGGCACCAUGGGAUAGGGAGCAGGCCAUGUUAGGCUGGAUGGUGAAAGUUUUCAGCCUGUGACGUUGUCUGGUGUGGGUGGGCCCCCUUUUUUUGUGUGUGGUAUUUUGCUAGAGUAAGGUAGUUAUUUCCUAAAACUUAUCUGUCUUGUUAGUUUUCUUUCUUAAGUACCUAACAAAUAUAAAGACAAUGAACUUUAAGCAAUAAAAGACAAUGAUCCUUUGGAGAGGGGAAACAAAAUUAUCCGUACUUACUAUCUGCGGAGAGUCGGUGGUUAUAGGAAGGGUUACCCCAUCAGGACCUGGCGGUCUCCUGGAGUUGAGGUGCAGUUGGGCAGUCGAAAUGGCUAGAGUUCACAGGGGAGAAUGCCUUUGAGGAGAGAGUUGCACAGCAGGAGAACUAAGAUCUGCAGGGAGUUUCCAUCAGAUAUUUAGUUACACGCUAAUAGUGCAUGCCGGUGAGGAAACUCACCCAAAAGAAUUAGAGGGAACAGUGUUUGGAGUGGAAAAUAGUGCCUGUUAUCAACAGUCACAGUGGAAAACCUUGUAAUCUAGGUGGCAUUGGAAGAGAACUAAGAUGCCCUAGUAGUAGAAAAAUUAACUCUACAUAAAAACUACCCCUGGUCCCAACUCAGAAAGCUUAAAAACAAGACCAAACUGGAACACAACUGUUUCCAAGUAACUUAAUUCUGUUCCAGAACAAAGCUCAAGAAUAUAGGAAUACAAAAAAUAUACCCAAUAAAGUAAAAUAUACAAUACUUGGCAUCUAAUAAAUCACUAGGCAGCCAGGCGCGGUGGCUCACACCUGUAAUCCCAGCACUUUGGGAGGCCCGAGGCAGGCGGAUCACCUGAGGUCAGGAGUUUGAGACCAGCUUGACCCACAUGGAGAAACCCCAUCUCUACUAAAAAUACAAAAAAAUUAGCCAGGCGUGGUGGCACAUGCCUGUAAUCCCAGCUACUUGGGAGGCUGAGGCAGGAGAAUCGCUUGAACCAGGGAGGUGGAGGUUGUGGUGAGCCAAGAACAUGCCAUUGCACUCCAGCCUGGGCAACGAGCGAAACUCCGUCUCAAACAAAAACAAAAACAAAAAUACUAGGCAUGCAAAGAAGCAUGAACAUAAGCUCAUAAUGAAGUGAAAAAUCAGUCCAUCAAAACUGACCCAGGAAUGGCACAAUGACAAUCAGUAGACAAGGACAUUAAAGCAGGUAUUAUGACUGUAUUCCAUAUGUUCAGAAAGCUAGAGAGAAAAACAUGGAAGAUACAAAACACCAAGUUGAACCUCUAGAGAUGAAAACUGCAAUAUCUGAUGAAAAACGCUAAAUGGGAUUAACAGCAGAUUGGACAUCUCAGAGAUAUGAAAGAAUUUGAAGACAGCAACUUAAACAGGAAAAAGACUGAAGAAGAGAUGGUAGGAGAAACUGGGCAUUAGAGAACUAUGGGACAACUUUGGGAGCCAAAUAUGUGUAUAAUUGGAGUCCGUGGAGAAGGGAGGUAUAAAAAACAAUUUGAAGAAAUGGCCGGGCGCAGUGGCUCACGCCUGUAAUCCCAGCACUUUGGGAGGCUGAGGCGGGUGGAUCACGAGGUCAGCAGUUCGAGACCAGCCUGGCCAACAUGGUGAAACCCUGUCUCUACUAAAAAUACAAAAAUUAGCCAGGCAUGGUGGCAGGCGCCUGUAACCCCAGCUACUCCGGAGGCUGAGGCAGGAGAAUCACUUGAACCCAGGAGGCGGAAGUUGCAGUGAGCCGAGACUGCGCCAUUGUACUCCAGCCUGGGUGACAGAGCAAGUCUCAAAAAAAAGUUUUUUUGAAGAAAUAAUAGCUGAAUUGAUGGCAACUACUGAGACCCAAGAAAUAUAACAACUGUAUCAAUCAAAUUUCAACUAGCAAUAAAGAGGAAAUUUUAGAAGUGAGGAAGAGAGAGAAGAUUAGGUACAGAGGAACAAAGGUAAAGAUGACAGCAGCUUUCUUGUAGGAAACAAUGCAAGGUAAGAGAUAGGGAAACACCAUCUUUAAAGUAGGGAAAGAGAGACAUUACCAACCUGGAAUUCUUUACCUAAUGAAAAUAUCUUUCAAAAAUGAAGGCCAUCAUGGAGGGUUUUCCAGACAUAAAAUCUGAAAGAAUCAGCCGACCUGCCUUACAAGAGUUGUUAAAGGAGGUUCUUCGUGCAGAAGAAAGAUAGUAACAGAUGGAAACCUGCUUCUAUGCAAAUAAAUGAACACUAGAAAUGAUAACUAGGUAGGUUAUUAUAUGCAUAAAGGAUUUCAUAUAUCCUUUUAUUUAGACAUCUUUAACACCUAAUUGACCACUUAAAGCAAAAAUAAUGUAUUGUGGUUUUCAACAUGUAGAAGUAAAAUAGAUGAUAAUAGCACAAAGGCAGAGGGGAGAAAUGGAAAUGCGUAGUCAUGCGGUUCUUACAUAUUUGAAGUUGUGUAGUAUCAUAUGAAGGUAGAUUUGUUUAAGUUAAAGAUGUGCACUAGAAAUUCGCCCUAAAGGAAUCACUGAAGUGACACAGCUACAGCUAUUACACCAACAAAGAGGAUACAAAUGCAAUCUUAAAACUUUUUUAUUGAUAAGUUUUAAGACUGUAUUCUAAAAUGAGUCAGGAAAAGAGGAACAAGGAACAGGUAGAAUAAAUAGAAAACAAGACGCAAGAUAGUAGAUUUAAACCCAGCCAUAUUCAUAAUCACCUAAAGUGUAAAUGGUCUCAGUGUGUUCAUUAUAACCAGUUGGUUGAUGGUGGUGGUAACUUUCAACUGUGUCCUUAACUGAUGUUCCUCCUGCUAGAUCUGUCUGUUUCUGAGAGGGGUGUUGAUGUCUCUAACCUAUAAUACUGGAUUCCUCUAUUUCUCCUUGCAGUUCUAUCAGUUUUUGCCUCAUGUAUUUUUUGAUGCUCUGUUGUUCAUUAAAGAUUGUUAUCCAACCUA